AUGGAAGAUUUGUGGAGGGAAGUGUUCUCUGUAGGCACUGAAUGGGAAGCCAUGGAAGGAGUCUACGAUAAAAAGACUUGGGAUUUCUCCAAUCUGGAGAAAGCUUUCGAAGAAGGCGGAGAAUUGUACCAAAAAGAAAAAAACGUUUAUCUCUUCGGCUGCACUGAGACGUUAGGCAUCGCCGAUGCUUCUCUGGUUCCGAUCAUCGUCGCCGUCGUCCGCCGUUCCCCGCCUUCCACCGACAUCGGAAUUGCAUCCGUCCAGAGGAAACAAGACGUGAUGCCAAUGCGCAAAUUGAAGAUGGAUUGGGUUCCAUAUAUUCCGGCGCAGGACAAAGGGCGGAGGAUCGAAGCUGUGAAAUCCAGGAUUUUUGUUUUGAAGUGUAAGCAGAGGAAAGUCGGUUUGAAGCACCUGAAUUUCGACCGUCUUUCGUUGUACAAUUAUUGCAUGCCUUAUUACAACAACCCUUUGAAAGAAGACGAAUUCGAAAACAGCACCGACGUGAAUGGCAUCUUUGAGAGAUCGCCGCCUUUGCCCCCAUUACCAUUCUCGUUCGAUUGGGAGAUGGAUGAUUUGGAGGAGUUCACCUCGGAUUUGAUUCAGAAUGAAGCUUUGGGUGGUGAUGAGAAAGAUAAAUUUAUCGCCUUUGUGAAUGAGAAGGUUGCAGAGGCAAAGAAAAAGCAAGCUGAUGCCAAGAAAGAAAAGGGUGAAAAACUGGAAGAGAUGAGUGAGGAAGAGAAGGAUGAUUAUCGGAAUAUGAAGCUUUAUAAGUUCUAUCCUGUGAUGCCUUCAGAUGGUCCUCAGUUACUGAAGUGCAGAGGUAUCAACAGGUACUAUGAUAAGGCUGACCAAGUUUUGUGA